AUGAAGAAAACUUCAGAUAUAAAACAUAUUUUUAAGAGGGAAGAUGAUAGUUCAAAGAUAACGAAAUUGAUAAAGAAUAUUUCUCCCCUUUUUUUUAUGAGUGAAUUUUUAUAUAUUUUAUUUUUACGUUACAAUGAUCAUAUAUUAAGUACAACAUAUAAAGAAAAAGUAACACCCCAUGUUAGGGAAAACAUAUAUAAUAUUUUCAUACUAUUAUAUUUUAUAAAGCCAUUAUUUGCAUUUUUAACAGAUAGUGUGUAUUUUAAUUUAAAUAAUAUACUUGGCCUUAUUUACAGAAAAAUAUAUAAAAUAUAUAAUUAUUUUGAACAAUUUAUACAAUAUUGUUGUAGUUUAAUAUAUAAAAGUAAAUAUUUAUUUUUAAAAAUAUUUUUUAAAAGAUAUAUAAAGAAUGGAUUGUCAAAAUCACGAUAUUUAAAAAAAAAGGCACAUAUAGGAAAAAGUGGAUAUAUGGAUAAUUUUGUAUAUUUUCCAUUAAAUAGAAAAUAUUAUGUUAUUAUUAGUGAAUUUAUAACGACCUUGUUGUUAUUAGUUAUUUACCUUUUUAAUGAAAAAAUAAAUUAUUAUAUUUACCUUACUAUAAUAUCAUUUAUAUCCAGUCAAAUGUUAUUAUCAUCUUGUAUAUUUGAAGGUGUAGUAGUUGAAAGAUGUAAAAGGCAAAUGUAUUUUGAAAAAGUUUUUUACAUAUCAUAUGUAAUGUGUGUAAAAAUAUUUUGUUCUCUCAUAUUAUAUUAUAUGUAUAUUUUGAAAGUCAGUAUAUUUGUUUUAAUUUCCAAAAGCUUCCUCAUCUUUCUUAUAUCAUGUGUAUGUAGUGAAGAAACACUUUUAUUAAAUAAUAAAAGAAAAAUACAACGUAAUAUUAUAUUCAAAAGUGGAAGUGAUGAAGUGUAUGUCAAAAAUACAGAAGACAUAUUAUCCCAAAUAAAUAUUUUAAAAAAAAUAUUUUUUAAUGAAAAUUUAUUUAAAACAAUCUUUUUUAUUAUAUUAUUUAAUUCUGCUAUUGAUUCCAAACUUUCCAUUUUACAAUAUGGUGUUCAGAAUUUUAAUUGGCCGCAUUCUCUAAUUAAUUACAUUCCUCUCGUAUCACAGUCGUCCAAAUUAAUUGGUAUUUCAAUUUUCCAAUUGUACACAAAUAAACUUAAUUACAAAAAUUAUUCCAUGGUCGUUAUCCUAUUUAAUAUUUUACUUAAAUUAUGCAGUUUUAUUUUUCUGUAUAAUAACAAGAAUACCUACGUGAGUCCCUUUUUAUUUUUAUUCAAUAUAAUUGUUCAGAAUAUUUCUAUCAAAAUUUUAUCUUUACCCAUCUUAUUAUUAUGUAUAGAAAAAGCUCCUUUAAGUUUAGAAUCUACCAUAAUAAAUAUAUAUAUUUUUUGUUUUAAUUUAUCAAAUUUGAUUAGUAAAAGAUAUUUCAUGUGGAAUAUUAUAUUACAUGUGUCAAAGAAUGUGUUCAUAAUUUUACUUCUUUCAUUCCUAACAACAUGUGCUAGCUUAUUAUAUUAUUUCCACAUCUCUUUAGAUACCUUAAAUAAUAUGAAUUCAUCAUCAUUAUAUUUAGAUGAAAAGGAAGAUGUAAACUUGAAAAUAAAUAAAAUACCCCAAAAAAAUUAUUUGCGUGAUGAAUUAUUUCUUAAUAAUGAGGAAAAAAAAAAACAGGUUAAAAAGGUUGUUCGUUUUAAAGAAGAUUCAAUUAUAAAGACGCAAAAAAAUACAAAUGAUGAAAAAAAGAAAAAAAACAAUAAUUUAUUUAAAAUAUCAUCUGAUUAUAAUUCAGAUAGUGAUCAGUGGUUGAUAAUUGAUAGUUUAAAGAGUGAUGAUACAAGAAAAAAGCAAGGGAAAUACAAAUCAUUAAAUAUUUCGAAUAUUAUGUUAUAA